UGACGUAAUGACGCGGUGUCGUCCUCUUCCCGGAAGCUGAAGGGGAGUCAGUGGAGUCGCGUUGGCGUUUCUCUCAGCUGACGCUCGAGCGCUGGAGAGUGGAGACUGCUCUGAGUCUGUUCGCCGACUCCAGGAGCAAGACAUGAGAAGGUCUCCACCAUGGACGCAGAGAUGAUGAUGCCCAAAUUCUCCUCGAAAGACGAGGAAAUCGAUUACUGGAAGUGCUUGUCUUUCAAAUACAAGAAGAGUUAUCAUGACGCUCAGGAGGAGCUGCAGGAGUUCCAGGAGGGCAGUCGUGAGCUGGAGGCCGAGCUGGAGGCGCAGCUGGGGCAGGCCGAGCACCGCAUGCGAGACCUGCAGUCAGAGAACCAGAGGCUGAAGAGCGAGAUGGACACACUCAAGGAGAAACUGGAACAGCAUUACGCUCAGAGCUAUAAGCAGAUCUCCAUGCUGGAGGAUGACCUGGUCCAGACACGCGGCAUCAAGGAGCAGCUGCACAAAUAUGUCCGGGAGCUGGAGCAGGCCAACGACGACCUGGAGAGAGCCAAGAGGGCCACCAUCACAUCCCUGGAGGACUUUGAACAGAGGCUAAACCAGGCGAUAGAGAGGAACGCCUUCCUGGAGAGCGAACUGGACGAGAAGGAGUCUCUGUUGGUGUCUGUGCAGAGGCUGAAAGAUGAAGCUAGGGACUUGAGGCAAGAGUUGGCUGUUCGAGAGAGGACUUCAGAUGUUGUCAGGAUGUCAGCCCCCAGCUCUCCCACCCUAAACAUUGAUAAGACAGACUCGGCAGUGCAGGCCUCCCUGUCCCUCCCAGCUACACCUGUAGGGAUGAGCAUGGAGCAUCCUUUCAUUGUUUCUAAAGCGUUGACCAAUGGCUGUGGAAGCUCCCCCCUCACACCGUCUGCACGGAUCUCGGCUCUUAACAUUGUUGGUGAUCUUCUGCGGAAAGUUGGGGCUCUUGAGUCCAAACUAGCCGCCUGUAGGAACUUUGCCAAGGACCAGGCAGCAAGGAAAAAUUACACAACAGAAAAUGGAAACCUCUUCAACAGCAACGCAACCAAGUUCUCUCAUUCGCUCCACACUACGUAUUUUGACAAGACGAAUAUGAAUGGCCUGGGUCCCAGUGUGCUGACGCGGACCGUGUCUCCUCCGGGCUUGCUCCCUCUCAGCGUGUGAGAGACUUUCCCAGCGACCUCCACACAAGAUCGGACACAGUGUGGAAACAGAGAGGACACUCCAGAGCUUGUGUGUGUGUGUGUGUGUGUGUGUGUGUGUGUGUGUGUGUGUGUGUGUGUGUGUGUGUGUGUGUGCGUGCGUGCACGAGAGAGACGGAGAUGACUGACACAUACAUGUCCGUUCCUGUGAGCGCGGGCUUCAGUCGACCUCUGUUCUUCUCACGGGGUCUCACCUAAAGCCAGCAAAAUGACAAAGGUCUGAGUCAGGCCACAGCUUCUGUGUGAGUGUUUCAGUGUGUCGCGCGGUUUAAAAGACGUUCGAGAGAUAUUCUUUUUGAGGUGAAUGCCACUGUAUGCUUGAUGCAAAUGGGUUGGUUUACACUCGCACUGUUUUCAGCUUCAGUAAAGGGUCUAAAUGUGGAGGUCUGUAGAUGUUUUUACUGGAAUGAAUGCCAAGAAAACGUGUUCAAUAGCAUGGAAACAUCGGCUACCUUUAAAAGAUGCUCUAAUGAAUUAUUAACCCAGUUACAUCAGCUGACUGGUCACCAGUUUGCAUGAUGCAACCACUAUUUUAGGGCUUCAAAAGGUUUGUACUGUAUGUUCCUGAAACUGCACUUCAAAAUCCCACAGUUAAGUGAUGUGUCUAGUUUCACUCGCGUCGCUGCUUUGACAGUAAAUCAGUCUCUGUGCGGUGUGUCCUUCCUCACAGAACUCGUCAGUGGUUGUAUGAACCUCAUUUCUAUCCCAUGUGCCUCUGCUGGGGAGUUCGGUAUUCACUGUUCAUUUAUUUCACUUGUGGAACUUGAAGCCAACUUUUGUUUAUCCCAGUGUUUAAGUUCAGCUGUUCUACGCCAAACUUUAACAUCGAGUGCAGGAGCACUUGUUAUUGUUCAUUUCCCUCGUUGAGUCUUUGGUUUCAC